GUGCCCGCCAAGUUAUUUUCCAAUAGCUAUUUUGACGUGCCUGAUUUCAUCGUCAUCGAUUGCCCGGCCCGAGAAAGAUAGCGGCCCCGCCCUCAAUCAAUCUAAUAAUUACGAGUUACUUUCACAAAUACGAUUUCAUCCGGGUCGCAGACCGCCAGCCUCUUUUUCACCUUUCUACCUCCUCCUUUGUAGAUAGCAACUUCGAAACAGCUGCAAGCUUCCGUAAUCGGCGCCACCUGAUCCUCCCACCAACCUCAGCGCAAAAGUUCCGGAAAACAAGGGAAACACCAACAAGAAGCUGGGCGAACAUGGGCAAACAAUCUAAUCUCUAUAGUUUCCCUACGGUCGACGACGUCGCCGCGCACCUUCGGACCUAUAUCCUCUCCUAUCAAAAGGCGGCUUUCCAAUGUCACGACGCUUUCAAAGUCGCCGUCUCCGGAGGCAGUCUUCUGGCUACUCUCGCGAAAGCGCUGCUAGUCGCAGGCGCAAACGAAGACCCCUCGUCCUCACCGCAAUUCUCUAAAUGGGAAAUCUUCUUCGCCGACGAGCGCGCGGUGCCCCUCGACCACGAAGAUAGCGACUACGGCCUAUUGAAGCAAGACCUACUAGACAAAAUCCCCUAA